AUGGCGACGAUUGCUCGGCAGCCGUUUGCUCCCCUCGACGGGGCUCGGCUUCAGGCUCUGACGAGCACAAAGAACAGACAGAAUGCUGCUCAGUCACUCGCUUCCAAGAGAAAGGCCCCGACGUGGACCGAGGCCGAGGACGUCGAGAACGUUGACCCGCAACUGUCGGCCAAGCGUUCCAAGGGCGCUGAUGGCUCAGCUCCGGCCGCCGGCAGCAUACUCAAGAAACCGGCUUUCACGCUCACCAAGGCCAACAUGAACGUGUCGUCUGUUGCCAACAUCUUCGACGUCAAGUCGUCGUCACUCUCGUCUUCGCCCCGCACCAUGCUCAAACCCCGGGGCCCUUCCGCCAAGUCUGCGGCCAUGAAGAUCAGCACCAGCCCCAUCCGCAUGUCGACCUCACCGAUUGGCUCGUCUCUGUCCUCGUCUCUGUCCGGCCGCACCCCCCGCGCAUCUCGCCGUGGCGGUCUUCUCACCAGCAAGCGCCGUGCCGCCUCCAACCUGAGCCGCUCGUCACCCACAGCCACCGGUGCCGCCAACUUUGGCUCUGCCGCACCCUUCUCGCUUGACGCCGCCCUCAAGGGCACCUUCUCGUCGUUUGACACGCGCCUGGCCUCGUCGGCUCUUGUCCCGCCCAGCCUGUCGCCCCUGGACGACGCCUCCGGCAUGAGCACUUCAUGGUUCUUUGACAUUCACGAGGACACGCCAGAGCAGGAAAUGACCAACCUGCUGCAGCACAGCACCUGUGUCCUGGACAUUAGCAGCGACGAGGAGUCGGAGCUAAAGGCACGCCGCGAGCGCGCCGAGGGCCGAGACAAGGAGAACAUCCCGCCGCCCAACGAUGUGAGCCAGACCAGUGCCGCCCGUGCAGAAGCUACCUCGGCCACAGCCAACACGGAUGAGAUGUCUGUGGACAAGGCACGCAACCCGCUGUCGCAGCUCAAUGCGGCUGACUACUACGCCGAUGGCUGUGACGAGGCGUCGGUCGUUCUGGUGGCAUCGGACGAACCCGAGGGGGAGGAGCAGCAGCAGCAGCAGCAGCUUGCCCAGAGCAUUGAUGCUGUUGCCGCUGCCACUACCACGGCCGCUGUGGAGGCUUCUGCGGAGACGGUGUCUGAGGUUGUUGAGGCUGCCACGGCCAAGGCCACGGAGUCCGAGGCCGUCGUUCUGGAGGAGACGACCAACGUCGAGGACAUUAUGACGAACCGGGAGAACCCUGCCUGUGAGGCCGCUCUGUUGGAGCCAAUAGACGGUACUGGCGAGAGCUUCCAGCUGUGGGAGAGCGGCAGCCAAAAGGAUGGAGACCUGUAG